AUGGAUCUAGAGCUUAAUCUCGUGAAAGAUGCUCAACGGGUGAAGGAGAACCCUGCAGGGCGAUGCGUGAAGCCCACGCCAAAGAGAGUGAUGGUGCAUGUGGGUGCGUGGAGCCUUUUUGGCAAUGAUCUCUCCAGGCAGUUUGUUCUUUGCAUUAUUUCUAACAUUUUUCGUGUUGAAAUUGAGAAAUUCUCCAUUCUCUUAUGCCCUUGCAAGGAUGUGACUAUCUAUCUUGCUCAGGAACCAUUUGAAUGCUACCAUAUAUCUGAUAUUGAGGCUGGUCUUGGACUUACGAGAAAUCAUUUGAUAGCUAUUUCUCUGUUGGUUGGAAGCGAUCAUGAUUUAAGUGGUGUUGCGGGCAUUGGGAUUGAUACAGCUCUUCGUUUUGUCAAAUGUUUCAGUGAAGAUGAAAUAUUGAAUAGGUUACAUGAAAUAGGCAGAGGAGGUGCACUGGUGAUCCAGGGAAGUAUCGACUCUGAAGUUUUACGUAGUUCUGAUGAGAAUUUACCAAAGACAAAAUCUUCUCAUUGUUCCCACUGUGGGCAUCCAGGCAGCAAGAUAUCUCAUCUGAAGUUUUCUUGUGAAUAUUGUGGUUCAACUGCUGGCCAAAGUUGCAAGCAGAAAUUCGUUGGAUUCAAAUGUGAUUGCUUGUCGUGUGAUUUGGAAAAGAAAGAAAAAGAACGGAAGAAAAAGGAGAAUUGGCAAAUAAAUGUUUGUAGAAAGAUUGCAUUGGAGAAAAAUUUUCCAAACGAUGAAAUUAUUCAGAUGUACCUGAGCAACCACCAUGGAACUGAUGAUGAUCCAUGUAUAGAGUGGGCAAGCCCAAAGACUGAAAUGCUGGUUGAUUAUCUCACUUAUCAGCAGCAUUGGGAGCCAUCUUAUAUUCGGCAAAGAAUGCUUCCCAUGUUAUCAACUAUCUAUUUGCGAGAUAUGGCAUCAAGUCCGACAAAUGACUUGUUAUAUGGACACUAUGAGUUCCACAGUAUCCAGCGUGUGAAAAUAAGACUUGGGCUUCAGUUCUACGUGGUUAAGUGGAAGAAAGCUGUUAACGCAUUGAGUGAUGCCAUGUCUGUAAUUCCCGAAGAGCCUGAUAGACUGCAGGGAUCUGAAGAACCUGAUGAAUCUAAUGAUUUGCUAGAAGAACCUGAUGUGCCCGUUGUUUGCAUCAAUGAUGGGUGCUGUUUUCUGUCCACAGAUGAAGAUAUGGAGCUUGUCCGAAAUGCCUUUCCAGAAAAGGUCGACCAAUUCUUAAAAGAAAAGGAACUGAAAGAAAGGAAAUCAAGAAAGAAGAAAUCCAGCUUAAGGUCUGAAGGGACACCCAAAAACUCAGAAUCAUCCACAUCUCAAAAUGUGCAGCUUAGCAUUACUGAAUUUUAUCGUUCCUCGAAAGUCCUUUGCGAAAACACACUGGAGGAGAAUGAUCUUGGCUCCUCUGAAGGAAAAAGGAAAGAGCCAAGCACAAGAUUAUCCAAGUCCGUAAGGCGUAGGCUUUUAUUUGACUAGGCAGUAGAAACGUAACUUAUUUUGUCAUAAACCUGAAUUUGUCUGUAAAUGAAGAUUUCCUUUCCAGCUCUUGGUAUCAAUACUCGUGUUAAAUGUAAAUAUGUUUUCCAGAAUUAAAAUAUUAGCUUACAAAUCUUAUAAA